AUGUCUGACCACGAAACUCCAGUUGAAGUUCAAGAAGACUUCGAAGUCGUUCAAGAAUUCGCCCCAGUUAAGUUGGCCACUGCCAUCCCAGAGGAGGUCCAAAGAGCUCAACAAGAGAUCAAACUGUUCAACAAGUGGUCAUUCGAUGAAAUCGAAGUUAAGGACCCAUCUCUAGUUGACUACAUCCAAGUCAGACAACCAAUCUUUGUCGCUCACACUGCUGGUAGAUACGCCAACAAGAGAUUCAGAAAGGCUCAAUGUCCAAUCAUUGAAAGAUUGACCAACUCCUUAAUGAUGAACGGUAGAAACAACGGUAAGAAGUUGAAGGCUGUCAGAAUCGUCAAGCACACCUUGGAUAUCAUUAACGUCUUGACCGAGCAAAACCCAUUGCAAGUUGUUGUUGAUGCCAUCAUCAACUCCGGUCCAAGAGAAGACACUACCAGAGUCGGUGGUGGUGGUGCUGCUAGAAGACAAGCUGUCGAUGUCUCCCCAUUGAGAAGAGUUAACCAAGCUAUUGCUUUGUUGACCAUCGGUGCUAGAGAAGCUUCUUUCAGAAACAUCAAGACCAUUGCUGAAACUUUGGCUGAAGAAUUGAUUAACGCUGCCAAGGGAUCUUCUACCUCUUACGCCAUCAAGAAGAAGGAUGAAUUGGAAAGAGUUGCCAAGUCCAACCGUUAG